UAAGACAAAUCACUGAACAAAGUUUUCGUUCCCAAAUCUUAAAGCCUAAUCAAUUGGGCAUUCACAAACAUUGAAGUUCCUUCAAAAUCCUGUUGAUUUCAUUAAUCGAUCUUCUUCUCGAUCUCCGUCAAGAUGGUGUUAGCACAAUUAGGGGGGAGCAUCUCGCGUGCUCUCCAGCAGAUGAGCAAUGCCACAAUCAUUGAUGAAAAGGUCCUCAACGAGUGCCUCAAUGAGAUCACCCGUGCUCUUCUACAGGCCGAUGUUCAAUUUAAGCUAGUUCGUGAUAUGUCAACAAAUAUCAAGAAGAUUGUCAAUCUUGAGGAUCUUGCCGCUGGACACAACAAGCGUAGGAUUAUUCAACAGGCUGUGUAUAAUGAGCUCUGCAAGAUAUUGGAUCCUGGGAAGCCUGCAUUUACACUGAAAAAAGGGAAACCUAGUGUUGUAAUGUUUGUUGGUUUGCAAGGGUCUGGAAAAACUACAACGUGUACAAAAUAUGCUUACCACCACCAGAAAAGGGGUUGGAAGCCGGCUCUAGUCUGUGCAGAUACCUUCAGAGCUGGUGCUUUCGAUCAAUUGAAGCAGAAUGCAACAAAAGCUAAAAUUCCCUUUUAUGGAAGCAGCUAUACAGAGUCAGAUCCAAUGAAAAUAGCAGUGGAUGGUGUAGAAACAUUUAAGAAGGAAAAUUGUGAUCUAAUAAUUGUGGAUACCAGUGGGCGCCACAAACAAGAAGCAGCUCUUUUUGAAGAAAUGCGACAAGUUUCUGAAGCAACGAAACCGGAUCUCGUGAUAUUUGUUAUGGAUAGUAGUAUUGGACAAGCUGCUUUUGAUCAAGCUCAAGCAUUUCGACAAAGUGUUGCGGUUGGAGCCGUGAUUAUUACUAAGAUGGAUGGCCAUGCAAAAGGAGGUGGUGCCCUAAGUGCAGUUGCUGCAACUAAAAGUCCAAUCAUAUUUAUUGGAACUGGUGAACACAUGGACGAGUUUGAAGUUUUUGAUGUUAAACCAUUUGUCAGCCGUCUUUUAGGCAUGGGUGACUUGUCUGGAUUGGUGAACAAGAUACAGGAUGUGGUCCCAAUGGAUCAACAGCCUGAGCUUCUUCAGAAGUUAUCAGAAGGACAUUUUACCUUGAGGAUCAUGUACGAGCAAUUUCAGAACAUGCUUAAAAUGGGUCCCCUUGGACAGGUUUUCUCAAUGCUUCCUGGAUUUAGUGCAGAGAUGAUGCCACAAGGUCGUGAAAAGGAAAGUCAAGCAAAAUUUAAACGGUAUAUGACAAUGAUGGACUCCAUGACUGAUGAAGAAUUGGACAGUACCAAUCCAAAGAUUUUGACUGAAUCUCGGAUCAUGCGUAUAGCUAGGGGAUCUGGCCGUCUAGUGCAUGAGGUGAUGGAGAUGUUGGAAGAAUACAAACGACUUGCCAAAAUAUUCAGCAAGAUGAAGGGUCUUAAGAUUCCAAAGAAAGGAGAUAUGAGCUCCCUGUCCAGAAACAUGAAUGCACAAAACAUGAGCAAAGUCCUCCCCCCUCAGAUGUUGAAGCAGAUAGGUGGAAUGGGUGGUUUGCAGAACUUAAUGAAGCAAAUGGGUUCCGCAAAGGACAUGAUGGGUAUGUUUGGUGGUGGUGGUGGUGGUGGAGAGUAAUAAUGGAAUCACAAUUGAACUUGUACUUUACGUUAUCAAUCCAUAGUUGGUGGAAAUAGCAUAACACCAAAUCUUUGUCACUCCCUAUCUUUCAAAUUUUGAAUCAGAUGCAUUUGGUAAAUUUAGUUGAUUUAGAAUGAAACGCUGUAUGAUUUUGAUGCUCCACUUCAUGCUAUGCUUGUAUGACAUGAUCUUUUCAUGCGCUGCUUGUAAAUUAUUAUCAGUUUACUGGAUGACAUUUGUCAUUGAUUAAUGAUGAGCAGCCAAGUUGCUAUUUUAACCUUUA